GUUCCAUGUUGGUCGCAUCCGCGUAUUUGGCCGAUGCGACGCACGGGGACCACGGGCCAAGCCACCUGUCCGCCGACUGGGGUUCGUCGCCUUUCUCGAAAACCAUUACUGCUUAUGUCUUGGGUGGUUUCGAAGGUGACAACAGUCUAGCCGACGCCAUAGGGGAUCGGAUAACGGCACCCAUUCGGCGAUAUUUAUAACCCAGGUCUUUAAUCGUUUCUGUGAAAGAACAAGCGACAUGUCGCUUGUUCUUUCACAGAAACACAGGCAGGGAGUACUGCUACAGGAUCCUCUAUGCAGCAAUGUGACCAGAUCCUCUGCUAAAUGCGGCCUUUGCGGUUAUGUCGUUGACACCCCCGACUUCGCUCUAGAGCCCUGGUUCCAACAUAGGAGAACCUGCGGCAGGGUUCGGGAAAUCUACGAAAGGAAUUGGUGGGCAGACCCGCAGUUUCUGGAUGACCUGGAAGCGCUGGAAUCAUAUACGACUCCCCCGAAAUCACUCCCUCUUUGGCUGGAAAGAAUUGCCACCGUACUGUUUAGCUCUCGACAAGCCUCUGCGGACGAAGUCGACGACCACGCUCAAAUCAGCAGCCGGCUGAGUUUCCGUUGUAAAGGCGACGUUGCCUAAAGUAUCGCCGCUUUCUUCGCUUGCUGGUGUGGCGAUACAUACCUUAGCCUUCUGUCUUGUGACUCGUACUCUUAAACACCAGAAUACACCACCAGACGGUCAUUACAUGGUCCUUCUUCGCUUCUCCUCUCCCCCUCUCCUCCUCUCCGAUUGCCUUCUUGCCCGCCAAACAUUCUCAACGAUACGCGUCAUUGGUUCUACGCUGCCUUUUAUUGCACUCCGAACAUUUCGAAUACGCACACCCUAUACCCAGCU